CCAGGGGCUGACCGUCUGAGUCCUGGCGACCUCUCUGGCACACGCUUGAGACUGGGCAUUUACAAAUGAUGGCAGGGUGCUUUACACAACGCAGCGCAUGUCAUCAGACUAGCUCCGCUCUCGGAAUCGAGCAGCAGCUCUCGGCCUGGAUUAUGGCAGUGGAAGAGGGCAAGUCAAGGUCAGCCGAGUUUGGACCGAGUAUGGCCAUCAGUGAAACAGCAGCGGCGGUGUGCUCACGCGCGAGCCCAGCGCUUGAAUGGCCAAAGUCAACUGGACGUCAUACAAGACGAUGACUCGACGGUGACUUUGACGGUGAGUCAGUCAGUCGUUGAGACGACGGUCGAGGUGAUGACUACCGGGGCGAUGACAGGAUACCCCUGAUGUAGCUCUGAGCUGGAGAGCUUCUGUGGCAGGUAUUGGUUUCACGCUACGCACUAUGGCCCACAGAGUGCUAUGAUACAUGGCAGGGUAGAUUGACAUGUGUAUCGGUGUUUCGGCCUCUUGGCUCUUAAGGUGUGGUGACGGGGGUCCAUGUUAUAAUGGGCCCCUCUUAUCAAUUCUUUAAAGCUGAAUAGAGCCAAUGAGUAGAUGCAUAGCGAACACACUUCUGAAAUGAGGCCCAAGUUUGCGCUCUCCCAUUUGUAGUGCUUCGCUUCCUUCUCACACGUUGGCUUCUCUUUGGCGCCGGGCGAUGUGACCCUCGCACUAUCGUGCUGCUUUCCAACCACAACCGCGGACGACAUCUGGGUACGGAAUGGCAGAUUCCUUGCUGGUGCACACUGUGUCGCCCCCUAACAUGAGCAGGAGGAGGGGGAACGGAAAGGGAAAGAAAGGCAAGAAAGAUCGAAUUCCAAGCCAGCACAGUCAAAGCCAGCAGAGUCAAGAUAGUCAGAGCGGACACAAAACGAUGUCUGGCAAUUCAGCCGGGCAACGAUACCGCCAAACCCGAGCUCGGUGGAGCCAAGGACAAGCUCAACGCCAGCAGACGGUUCCGAGUCCCAGCUGUGCUCAAGACCAAGUUCAGCAUCAUGUUCACGAAGAGUCGGCAAACGUCGACAUGUACAAUUACGACAUGAACGAUGAUCGUGUAACAGGUCAAGCUGACAAUUUGUUCCACGAAGGACAUCAGCUUUCAGAAUCUGAAAGUGACGAUAUGUACAACUACAACAGCAUGGACGAUGAGGAAGACUCGUUGGUGAACCGGAUGGGCUACAGCAUCACGGGCAUGAUGCGUUUGGGACUCAAUCCAUGGAAUGUAGAUGAUGUCUUUGAGUAUCCGGAUGUUUUGCGUCAGGUAGAAAGACACAUGGGCUGCGACUGGCAGAGGUUUGACUGACUUACAAUGAUCGAUGUGGCUUCAUCAGGACAUCGGGAUAAGCGAAGCGUUGUGUUUGAUAACGAGAACCGAGCGAGGCACCGUUACGAGGAUGCCUCACGCUUAUGAUAUUCAAAAGAAAUACUUGGCCG